AUGCCUCAACAUAAGUCAUCUCGUUAUGCCGCUAAUCGGCGCUAUUAUGAAAAAAAUCGUGAGCGUAUUCUCAAGAGUCGUAAGGAAUCUCGGGCUCGAACUUCAAACCUAAAAUGUACAAAGUGGGUUGAUCAGGAGAAGUAUAAGCCAUCAUAUAAUGUUUCGCCAACUUAUUAUGAGCCUGUUGUUCGUGCAGACUCUGAGCUACAUGAGAAUGUUAUUCAUUCCAUGAAAUGGGGUUUAGUUCCAUCAUGGGCAAAGGAUAAAUCUAAACCUUCUACUUCAAUGCAAUCAAUUAAUUGCCGAGAUGAUUCAUUAUAUGAAGUAGGUGGGAAACCGAUGUUUAAAUCUUUAAAGAAUAAAAAUCGAUGUAUCGUUAUUGCUCAAGGAAAAGAUGAAAAGCUACUUCUUUUUGCGGGGCUUUAUAAGAAAGUUCAAUUAGAAGAUGGCGAUACCCUUUAUACAUAUACGAUUAUUACAACCUCAGCCUCUAAGUCCCUAUCAUUUAUUCAUGAUAGAAUGCCCGUUAUUUUAGAGAAUGAUUCAGAUUGUUUGGCCAAAUGGUUGGAUCCCAAUAUUGGCUGGAAUUCAGAAUUGGAGGAGCUUUUAAAAUCUUACGAGGGAGAAUUAGAAUGUCAUCCUGUCUCUCAGGAUGUAGGGAAAGUAAGCAAUGAUUAUCCGAGUCUGAUACAACCUAUUGCAAAAGCCAACAUUGCAAACUUUUUUUCGGUGAAAAAAGAUGAAAUAAAAGAUGAAGGCAUAUCAAACUCCAAACCAAUAAUUAAAGAUGAUGUUGAUAUGAAAGAACCAAUAAUUAAAAAGGAUAGUGAUGAUGAUGAUAUGAAAGAACCAAUAAUUAAAAAAGAGGAUGAUGUUGAUAUGAAAGAAUCAGUAAUUAAAAAAGAGGAUGAUGAAGAUAUGAAAGAGUCAGUAAUUAAAAUAGAGGAUGAUGAUGAUAUGAGAGAAUCAACUUCUAGUAUUUCAACCAUACCAUCCAAACGCUCAUUGGAUGAUUUGAAAGAUGAUAUAAAAGAUGAAUUUUUAUCGGAUGAAGGAAAUGAUCUAAAGCGAUCACGUAAACUUACACCGUCACCACCUGACGAAAAACCACUUAAUGACAAAGACUUGGAUACGGAUCAAUUGCAUACAUCGACAAGUAUGAUACCUAAAAAAAGGUCAUUAAAUUUUACAGCACAAAAGCCGAACUCAACCACGAAAAAAAGUAAGACAAAAGCAACUGAUGCUUCCACAUCAAAAGGUAAUAUACCAAAAAAGAAGCAGAAAGCCAAAGACAAGGCGGAAGGUUCAGCUAAAAUUACUAGUUUCUUUUCAAAAUCAGCAACAUAA